AUGUCUCGUUGUGCUAACUUCGGUCACCCCUACCUCCUCGCCAUCUAUCUGUCUCUCUAUCUCUCUCACAACGCCCCCGCCUGCUGAACAGUCACUCAAUUGAGUUGCUGGCAAUGUGUUUGAGUAUGCCUCCAGGGCGCCGCUAGGUAUAUAUAUACUCCUUCAGUACACCCUCAUCACGCGACUCCACCGUGGGCUACCGUCUCCACACAAAUCGCGCCCGCGGCUUCAUUGUAUUCGAGAUGUCCACCUUGAGGACAUCAUGCUCUCUCCUCCUAGCCUUCGCGACGAUCGCGCUCCUCCAAGUCGCUGCUUCACAAAGCAUCGUUCCGACGUCCAGUUCGAGCACAUUUCCUGCCUGCGCGGUCAACUGCGUGGUUCUUUUGCAAGCACAAAGUGCAUGCAUUCCACCAAACGUUGCAACCACAAAUGACCUCACCUACGAGAAUUGUUUCUGUCAGAGCAGUCUCCUGGGGGCUCUGUACAGCACACCGGACUCUAUUUGCACAGCAGAAUGUACUGUCGAAUCCGACAGGUCGCAGCUACAAACAUGGUUUCAGGGGUUUUGUUCUCAAGUCGGCCAGGGCAUUGAUCCCCUAACGACAACGGCCUCCCCGACGCCAACGGCUACGACAAUAGUGACAAUCACAAGUUAUUCCACACCGCCACCCGCAGCCUCGAACACUGGGACGGGGAGCGCUUCGGCGCCGGCUGCGGCGGCAAACAAGAGCUGGAUUGAUACCCAUUGGAAAUGGAUCCUUAUGGUAGCCAUCCUCAUCGUUGGAUUUGCGCUUUUGACUUGGGCCGCAAUUUGGCUCAAGCGACGACACCGGCGGAAGCUCGAGGCACGCCGGGCGACGAUGUCGGGCCUUCCCACUGUGGAUGAGAAGAGAGGAACUCGUGCUGCGACUCCGGACCUCUGGGGACCUCAUCAGCAUAUGCAUCAUACGCGCGGUUUUGAGUAUCCUGACGCAUUCAUCACGGGUAGCGGUGCCCUUGCUGCCAACGGUGAUCGUGACAAGAGGCGAUCGAGGAGAGUGUCGUCUUCCCAGAGCAACAGCCACGGCCGCACUGAGACGACAGAGCUUGCGGGCAGGCCACCUGCAUCCCGAAGACAGUCAUCGAAAGGCAAAGCAAGAGCUAGAAAUUCGACAGCAGAUAUCCAUCCUGCACUUGAUCCCGCAGCCAGAGAUCGAAGCAGGAGUCAGAGGCGGAGGGGCCCGGAGAGCGAUCAGGAGCAAAAUGGCGACCCAAAUCAUGAGCGAAGACUUCGCGAGGUUAGAGGCGCACGCCGCAAAAACAAUGACGACCAGAUCUGAAAUAAUAAUCUAUGAAAUGCUGACACAA